UAACUUAAAAACUUCGGUAAAAACAUUGACAAGUUAUAGUUAAAAAUAUUAAGAUAUACAUUUUCUAGAAGUUUAUUGGACACAAGAAACGUUUUUAUAACUUUGUAAGAAAAAAGUACUUAAAUUUAUAAAAAUUAAAAAAUACAGACAAGGUUCUCCACGGUCACCUUAGAUAGACAUCGGUGAGAAAAGAUUGCAGGAUUGAGAUGGAGUACAAAAUCUAUAAGCUACUACUUUUUAUCAACAUGAGAAAAUCCUACAGACCUUGCGAGGUUUGCUUAGUGAGAUAUCUUGUGUAUUACAAGUGAUAACAGGGAGGGAAAAGUUCCGCAGGGUAUACACAGUGGAGAAUCUGCAAGAUAUAUCCGGUGAACGCAUGUAAAAGCUCCUGCGGGGCGUGCCUAAAAAGAAUCCUCCAGGAUCCUGCAGGAAAGAAACUUGAAAAGUGAUUGUGUUAAAGAAUCCUGCUUAGUUAAAUUUACCAACUGGAGGAAAAUUUUCGGCAAAGUAACGUGAUGUAAAAACCUGCAGUAUAUAUCCGACAGUCACAAGGUUUUAGCAAAUUCAUGUGUAUCAACGCAGGAAUUCGUAAAUUUUUUUUCAGUGGGUUGAUAAAAGUCAUGUGAUGCAAUCGAUUUGAAAAUAAGUAUUGUAUUCUUUAGAUUUGACACGUUCCAAAAAUUAUUUAAUAAUAUCAGACCGUGUUAAAAAUGUCUUAUUAUCAACGUUAUGGGGUGAAUCAGUAUGGCAAUUACUGGGAUACACGGGGCGACAGUACAGCAGAAGGAGGCGCAUACCAUUAUUCGAAUGGGGAUGUGUUUCAACAUCAAAAAUCUCUUAUAAUGUUCGCUUUUCCCUACCUAUUUUAACAAAAACGAUACGUUCAAUGAUAAAACGGCCUACCCUAAACGAAAUGGCAGAUUUAGUUGUCUUUCACCCGCAACAACAAACACAAUCAUCGAUCUCAGUUGAACCGUUCAACCGUAGUCAACAAAAUUUCCCAAUGGCUCAACCUACUUCAUCAUCGAUGAUUUCAACUGCAACUGUUAACACAAACGAUACAUUACCUCAACAAAGUUCGCCAGCUGACGAUCCACUUGUGUAUGAUUCAAAUUUAAUUAAAAAAAUGAACUCAUUAUGGAUGUUAUUUACAUCUUUUGUAUCAAAUAUCGCUGACAAUCCAAGUUCGUUACUAGCAGUCGUGCCAUCAAAUGUCAUCGACAGCUUAGUGCCCUCAAGCUCAGCUGUUCAACCAUCCAAAUUUAUUUGUUAUUCUCCUAAGCAUCACACAUUACAAUCUACAUUUAGUUUAAGCAAUGAAGAAUUCGAGUCUGUUUAUGAUGUUCCUGCUUCAAAACGGUUUUGUGCUCAUCCGCAACAAACAACAACCACGCCUUCUUCUAAUCAAAGAAAACCUCCACUCCAACUCGCUUCAGCUUCAAAGUUUUCGACAAAGAAAACAAUUUCAGUGAAAGGACCGAUCCAUUUUCCAACAAACAAUGUUCUUGAAGACGAUAAUGAUGAGCGAAUAUCAUCACAAGUAUCAAUCACAACACGAAAUCAAUGA